CAUUUUAUUCUUUUACACUUGACUGUCUAUGAUCUCGUGCAGGUUACUAAGGAUUACAGACUGGCAAGGGUUUCUGGUCCAUUGACAUAUAAUGACAUUACAACUGCUUCAUCGGAGGGGAGGAGGGACAUUUGGACAGACAGAGAGAGAGGCUGGGAUGAAGCAGAAGCUAUUGAUACAGGACAAGGAGGUGAAUCUGGAACAGGUGCAUCGUCGUAUGAACAGUCUUUUGGACGAGGACUUGGUCCACAAGCAGAUCCCAGGUCCGUCUAUCGAGAUCUCUGCGCUGGACAUCGGCAACAUGCAGCCCAGCCAGGCCUCUCUGAUGCCCUCGGACCUCGCUUUGACCACCUUUCUGCCAGGGGAGGGGGGUCCGCCGCCUCCUCUACCCCACCCUCACCAUGGGGGGUCCAUAGGGAGGACGCACCACCUGUCUCAGGCUCCUGGCAGCAGCACGUUGCCCCUCCACCUGCACCACCACCACCACCAGGCUCUCAACACCAUGCAGUGCAAACACAGGCAACCCAACGGGGGGAUUUUCCGUCAGAGUCCUGGCAAGACCCCCACCCAAAUGCCAAUAUCCUACCAGGGAGUCUCCGCAGGACCCAUACCCGAAGUCAUUGAUGCCACACACAGUACGUCCAUUUAAAAAGGAUUGUUUUUCCUUCAUAGGUGAGUCGCACCUCUGGACUAUGGUUUAAAAGGUCAUGUUUAAAAGGUCAUGUUUAAAAGGUCAUGUUUAAAAGGUUAUGUUCAAAAAGGUUAUGUUUAAAAGGUCAUGUUUAAAAGGUCAUGUUUAAAAGGUUAUGUUCAAAAAGGUCAUGUUUAAAAGGUUAUGUUUAAAGUUCUCCGAUCAGAAACAAAAAGAGAUUAUUCUAAAGGUUAAGGAUCUCCUAUCAUGUAAAGUGCUAUACAAAUGUAAUCUGUUGUCACUAAAUUGAAGCCAUCUCCUCUCAUGUUUAAAGAUCUCUUAUCUCUCCUGGUAAAAGAUCUCGUAUCCUGUUUAAAGAGGAAGUCAUCGAUGCCACACACAGUACGUCCAAAAGGAUUGUUUUUCCUUCAUAGGUGAGUCUCUGGACUUUGGGUUUACAGAUCUCCUAUCAUGCUAUGUGUGUGCAUACAUGUCCAUGAUGUGUUCUGCUCAAAAUACCAAACACAUAUUAUGGGUCUCAGAUACAGAAACAUAAAAAACAUAUCUGUGAUGUUUUUUCCUCAAUACUCAUAUUUCUGUAUAAAAGACAUCAAAAGGUGCAAUGUGCACGAUGGGAGACCUUUAGAUACGAGAGGAAAACUAUUAUAGGAGAAACGAUAUGUACAAAGAAAAAAGUUAGCUUUUGUAUCUCACUAUCUGAAAAAAUAUGGGUCUU